AAACGUGAACUAAGAAGACAAAAAAAAUAUUUCUCAAUUCUUAAAAAAAAAUUAUUUCAACAUUCUUUAGUUAUAAGAGAGUUUUAAUAACAAUAAAUAGUUAAAAUGGAAGCAACAGAAAAUAAAGACAAAGAAGCACUAAAAAGAAACUAUGGAAAGAUCAUUUUAACGCUAGAAAAUGCGAUAUUAUCAUCCGAGAAAUUAGAAGCUUCGACAGUGAGUCAACAAGAUGGUUUAUCAAAAGAUAUCGAGUUAGAUCUUCGUAUUCUCGGAUGUGAACUUAUACAAACAGCAGGAAUCUUACUAAAAUUACCACAAGUCGCCAUGGCAUCAGGACAAGUUCUUUUCCAAAGAUUCUUCUAUUCCAAGUCAUUUGUCCGUCACGAUAUGGAAGCAAUUGCAAUGGGUUGUAUCUGUCUAGCAUCGAAGAUUGAAGAAGCACCGAGAAGACUUCGUGACGUUCUGAAUGUAUUCAAUCACAUCAAACAAAUUCGUAAGAUGCUAUGCAUUAUCAUGCCAAUUACUCCGAUGAUCCUCGACCAGAACUACGUGAAUCUUAAAAAUCAAGUGAUAAAAGCUGAGAGAAGAGUGCUAAAGGAAUUGGGCUUCUGUGUUCACGUUAAGCAUCCACAUAAACUCAUCAUGGUUUAUCUGAAAUAUUUGAAUUUUGACGAAGAUAAAAAUCGUGAAAUGCUUCAACUUGCCUGGAACUACAUGAACGAUUCCUUUCGAACGGAUGUCUUUGUACGAUAUCAGCCUGAGACAAUAGCCUGCGCUUGCAUUUCAUUGUCAGCACGUAAACUCAACAUAAAUUUGACAACUUCACCGUCAUGGUUUGUGAUAUUUAAAGUGCAAGAAUGUGAUUUGAUUGACGCAUGUUAUCGAAUUAUGGAGCUUUAUCAUCGAGGGAAGCCAGACACAGAAAAGCUGGAAGCAGCUGUCGAUGAACUUAAGAAACAAUAUCAGGAUCAAAGGAAGAAGGAACAUCGUAAUAAUUCAUCUCCAGCUGUAACCAUUGUUGAUAAAACCAACGGAUCAUCUCACAAUAUGUGGGGCGGUUUCAUCCAACGUCAAGUGCCAUCAAUAAAUUCAUCAAAUGCAGAUGAAAAGACAGAAUCGAAGCAAAAGUUGGAAGGAAAGUCUGUAAGCAGUACAAACAUAAAUAACAAUCACAAUGAACGACAUUCAUCGAAAGGACGUUCAAGAUCACAAAGUCGAACGAGAAAUUCGAGAUCACGAUCAAGGUCAUCGGAUCGACAUGCAAAGAAGAAAGAUCGCACUAAAAAACGUUCACAUUCGCGAUCACCUGAAUCAGAUUAUGAGAAGAAAAGUAGAAAAAGAGAUAAAAAAUACAGCAAGAAAUCACCGAAACGCGAUUAUCGUGAGAAGUCACGCGAACGAUAUUCGAAUGGUAGUCGAAGGCGUGAUUACGCUAAUGAUCGAGACAAGGAACGUUACUCGGACAAAGAAUAUUACAGCGGUUACAACUAUGAAAAGGAUAAAUAUAGCAGCAGUAACCACUCAUCACGCAAUGGCAACCGACAUCAUCAUAAAUCUAGGAGAUAAAGAUUCAACUUCACCCACGCCACAUUUCUCUGUCUUUCAACUUUUCGUUUUUGUUUUCCUCUAUUCAUCCCACGUAAUUAAAUCCAUUAAUGAAAUCCAGUCUAAGAGAAAUGUUUUUCAUCUUAUCUAAUUAUUUUUCGAUAAUCAAUUAAAUAAACGAAAAAGAAACAGGUGAAGAUAAAAAAUGUAAUAUUUUUAAGAAAACAUUUUCUCUUGUUUUACUUUUUCUUCUCAUGAAAAAUCUUCAGAAAAAAAAACUGAAAUAAAACAUGAAAAGCUUAAAAACAA